CAUCGUCAGCAAACCAGUGAAGAACACUGCAGGAAGUUGACAAGAUCUGAUAAACACGUCCGACAAUAUUGGUACAGACAGUUCUUUAUAUAUUAUAUAAGCUUUCAUAUCACAGAUUCAUAUUGAAAUGAAGGCAUUAGAGCUUCUGCAGAGGGUAAGCGCGCACCCGGACUCGCGGUGUUGGCAUGUCUCCUGGAAUCCCGCGGGCACGCUGCUGGCGUCAUGUGGGGGUGACCGGGCGAUACGAGUGUGGGCUAAAGAAGGUGACAGUUGGGUGUGUACGAGUGUUCUGGCUGAUGGACAUCAGCGGGCGGUCAGAAAGGUGGCUUGGUCUCCCUGCGGGAAGUAUCUGGCAUCAGCCAGCUUUGAUGCAACUACAUGCAUCUGGAAGAAGAACAAUGAUGGUUUUGAGUCGCUUACAGUGUUGGAAGGUCAUGAGAACGAGGUGAAGUGUGUGGCCUGGGCUCCAUCUGGAAACUUACUGGCCACCUGCAGCAGAGACAAAAGCGUGUGGAUCUGGGAAGUGGAUGAAGAGGACGAGUAUGAGUGUUUAAGUGUGGUGAAUUCACACACGCAGGAUGUGAAGCAUGUUGUUUGGCACCCCACACAGGAGCUUCUCGCUUCAGCCAGUUACGACGACAAGGUGUGUAUUUAUAAAGAGGAAGACGACGACUGGGAGUGUCGAGCAACACUAGAGGGACACACGUCCACAGUCUGGAGUCUGACCUUUGACCCUGAGGGACACCGAUUGGCUUCGUGUAGUGACGACCGGACUGUUAAGAUCUGGAAGGAGUCAUCACCUGGAGAUGGUUCAUCAGAUGAGUCUUGGAAGUGUGUGUGUACUUUGUCUGGGUUUCAUGGGAGAACAGUGUAUGAUGUUGCAUGGUGUGGUCUGACCCGGGCUUUGGCCACAGCAUGUGGUGAUGAUGGAGUCCGUGUGUUUGAAGAGGAUCUCACAGCUGAUCCAGAGCAGCCCGUCUUCCUCCUGUCGGCCCAAAUGCUUAAAGCUCACAGUCAGGAUGUCAACUGUGUGGCCUGGAAUCCAAAGAAGCCGGGACUCCUCGCUACCUGCAGUGAUGACGGAGAACUUGCUAUCUGGAAAUACAGCGCUGACGCCUGAGCUGUUGCAAGAAAACAUGUUUUUCCACUGUUUGCUUUUGGUUUAUUGGACGUUUCAAUGCUCUGGACCAGUGACAGCAGACUGACAGUUUCUGCAAGGGUUCAUAUUAAUGUUUCCAUCAAGGUUUUGAUUGAUGGUUCAGGCACAUUUCAACACAUUUUUCUGGUUUUUAUAACGCACAAUAAGCUCAAUAAGCUUUUAAAGUAGUUUUUGCAUCAAGACUGAAAAGAUGUCUUGAAUUCCUUACUGAAAUAUAGCUUCUUCGUGCUAAAACUGCAUACACUCUUUAUAAAUAUUGUCUUCAUAAAUAUGUCAUUGAAAUUCAGCUGACAUGUUUUUAAAUAUCUUUGUCCGUGGUGGAUCCUCAUCUUGAAAUGAGACUCAAAUAGAUCUAAUCAUGUAAAUGGCACAUUUUCAUAUUAAAGAAAAAAUCUGAUGAA